AUGGCCGACGAACCGCGCCGCUCCGGUCGGGCCACCAAAGGCCAGCACAAGAACCUCGAACUACCUGACGCUCCGUCGAAAAAGGGCAAGAGCAAAAGCCCGAAAGACCAAAGAGACAAGUCCAGCAAAGCCUCCGCCGAGCCUACCCCCGGUCCCAGCGAUGGAGAAGAAGAGGAGGAGAUUAUUCGAUGCAUCUGUGGAGAAUACGAGGAAGAAGAAGAUGUCGAGCGUGACAUGAUCUGUUGUGAUCAGUGCUCUGCGUGGCAGCACAAUGACUGCAUGGGAUUGACCUUCGCCAAGGGCCAAGAACCUGAUCAAUACUAUUGCGAACAGUGCAAGCCCGAGAAUCACAAGGUUCUCCUGGAAAAAAUUGCCAGGGGCGAGAAGCCUUGGGAAGAAGUUGCCGAGAGACGGCGACGGGAGGCCGAGGAAAAGAGGUCUAAGAAGAAGAAGGGCAAGAAGGGCGGCCGGAAGAGCCAAGGCAAGACUGAAGUCAGCACUCCAGCUCGCGCUGGAACCUCUGCCACACCAGGACCUGGUCUGUCCCCUGUUACUGCCGCAUCUGCUUCAGCCGAGCCGGAAAAGAAUGGGCAUGGUGGCGAUUCACGACGAUCAAGCACCAACAAGCGCAAGCUUGAGGAAAGUGUGGAGGCUGAUAUGGGCCCCCAAGUCAAGCAGCAAAGAGUCUCUCCGCAAUCUACCACGGGACCAGUCUCAAAGCUCAAGGCAGAGUCUCCCGCAGAGACCCCUGCUGGGCUUACCGUGGACUCGCUUGUGAACCCAGCUCGCAAGAGUGCAGCUACUGCGCUCAUCAGACUAUUUGUAGAUCAGAUCACUGCGGCUCAGAGGAGAGGCUCAUACACGCUGUCUGCUGGACACUCUGCCGAAGAUGCUGCUCGGCAACUUGGACUCUCUAUCGAGGAUGCCAUGUAUCACAAUUUCUGCGGACGUGCGGGCGAGCCUACCGAGCCAUAUAAGUUGCAAUUACGAACGAUUCUGUUCAACGUAAAGAAGAAUCCUUCUCUACGGGAUCGAUUGCUUGUAGGAAGUUUGUCCCCGGAAUCUCUGGCUAGGAUGAAACCGGAAGACAUGGCUAGCGAGGAGUUGCAGCAAAAGGAUGCAGAGAUCAAGAGGGAGUCUGAGCGACAGCACAUUAUCGUUCAGGAACAGGGACCCCGAAUUCGACGAACACAUAAGGGCGAAGAGCUGGUUGAAGACGAAACCCACAAUGCUGCAACAGAGUCGGUCUUCUCUGCUGGCCCUCGCCGCGCCACCGAGGUAGAUGGCAGCCCAGGAAACCAAAGCCCACUUACUCCGAAGGCCCAGCAGUCGAACAGAUUCCAGACGGACAUUGGCCGCGGUCAUUCACCUACGGGUGGACAUCAUGAUCAUGUCUUCCCCGAGGUCUCGACCAAUAUUCGCGAGCCUGUCCCUCAUGGUGGCAAGAUCCAGGCCGAUGCUGAAAUUGACCAGCUGCUCCGCGACGACGAGCCGGAAUCACCUCCUUAUUCACCAAAGGACUUCAAUGACGAUGGUCUCGUCUGGCGCGGCAAAGUCGCCAUGGUACCCGUUUCGGAAUUUACAUCCUUUGCGAAGCAUGUCGGAGGUGCUGACCUGAGCGGACGAAUCCCAUGGAGCCAGCUAGCGCCUCCAACGUUGCUGAUUGAUGGUCGUAUUGACAUCCAGCUUGCCAGCAGCUAUCUUUGCGGUCUUCGAUUCAGCUCCUCCACAGACGUCUCUGUGAUUGCUAUCAGCAGCCCGGAUCUGCCUGGCGAGCGAGCGGGCUUUGACAAGCUAUUCGACUACUUUAAGAAUCGCUCGCGUUAUGGUGUGAUCGGCAAACAUCCGUUGUCGGCUGUUAAGGACACCUACAUCAUCCCCAUUGAAGCCGGCACCACUACGAAACCCGAAUUCAUCGAGCUGUUGGAAAACAACACUCUCGAGGACGUUAUCAAGGAGCGCACCCUUCUCGUUGUCUUCGUCGUCAAGACGGGCGAAUCCAACCCACCUUCGGUGCAACCGCCAUCCCAUCAGCCUAGCCAGGAACCAGGUGUCUCUGCAAGUCCGCUGACGGCUGCUGGUGCAACACCUCAGCAACCGCCAUUGAUGACUCCCGGACACGGCUCAACUCCUCAGGUGGCGCCGACACCCCCCACCACUCUCGGUGGAGCUGCCCCGAAUUCCGCUGCGUAUGCUCAACAACCAGCUACACAACCAGGCCAGCUCCCAGGAUUCCAGCAACAAGCACUCACCGGCGUGGCCGCCGCUAUUCAGGUGCUGGGCGCGCAAGUUAACGCGCCAGCCAUUCAACAACUUCUUAAGACGGCACCCAAUGUCGACGUGGCGCAGUUGAAUGUCGUUCGCGAUAUCCUGGCUCGCCAGCCUACAGCAGCCGCCAACUACGAGGCCCUCAUGCAGGCGUUGUUCGAAACUCAGGCGAACGGCCACGUCCGUGCCGCGAAUGCUUAG